AUGGUAUUGGAAACACAUUAUUAUGAUAUGUUAUCAGUAUCACCUCUGGCAACUACCGAGGAGAUAUCCAAAGCGUAUAAAAAAACUGCAUUGAAAUGCCAUCCUGAUAAGACUAAUCAUGAUCCCAAACUAACAGAACAAUUUAAACAAUUAACUCAAAUAUAUGAAGUUUUAAGGGAUGAUGGUUCGAGGAAAAUCUAUGACAAGUAUGGGAAAGCUGGUCUUGAUGGACAAUUAAAUUCUCAACCAACAACUACCAGACCAAAUAAUUUCCAAUUCAGAAGUGCUAGAGACGUAUUCUCUCAAGUAUUCAGUGAAUUUAACACUAUGAAUCAACAAUUUGAUGACUUUAAUGGGUUCCCGUUUGGAAACAUGGGCUUUAAUUCAAUGCCGUUCGGAAAUAUGAACAAUAUGAAUAUGAAUGGUGAAAUGAAGAGAACUGUUAGACCAGCUCCUGGUCAAAGAUCAGAUAAACUCUUUAGAGGAAAGAAUAUCUUCCAUACAUGUAAACUAACUUUGGAUGAAUUAGCUCAUGGGAAGACCGUGAAGUUGCAAUUACCAAGGAGAACAAAAUGUGAUGUUUGUAAUGGAGAUGGAGGAUUCGACAAAACUCUGUGUAGAGUAUGUCAAGGGAAUGGACGAGUGGUUAUUACUAUGUCCAACCAAUUUUCCAAAUUUCAAGAAAUUGGUAGUUGUAAGGAUUGUUCAGGAACAGGAAGUGUUGUUAGUUCAGUAUGUAACAACUGUGAAGAUGGUUACCAUAUUGUUGAUAAAAUCCUUGAAUUGACAGUUUUACCCGGAACUAAAUGUGGGGAAGAAAUCAUCAUUAAACAAGCAGGUGAUGAAGGUAGAAACAUUAUACCUGGAGAUGUCAUCAUAAAGAUCAAGCAAAGACCCCAUGAUUAUUUGGUGAGAAAACUGAAUGAUUUAUACACCGAAGCCAAUAUCGAUUUAAAAACGGCUUUAUUGGGAGGAUAUAUAACUCUUAGAGAUUUCCUCAAACAAGGUGAAGAUUUAAGAAUAUUCAUCAACGUUCAUGGUAAACCUGAACUUAACGAACAUGAAUCUAUUCAACAUGGGGAAAUCUUAGGUACUAUAAAUCCAGGGAGUCCUAAGAUUGUUAGUGGAUUUGGUAUGCCCAUCAAUAACAAUGCCAUAGACGGUAUUUAUUAUCAAAGUCCUGACUCGAAAAUUCACACCAUAGACAAUUAUAAGAGAGGAGAUCUCUUCAUCAAGCUCAAUGUUCAAUUACCGAACGUUGAAGAUUUCAAGAAUGGAUUUGAUGAUUUGAGUGUAUUAACUAGAAUCUUACCCGAUAAGGAAGAACCUUCAGAAGAUCAAAGAACAAUUGUUGAUUCCCAUUUAAGCAACCUCCCAUUCACCUCAGCAUUCAAUAAAAAGGAAGGAAGUUUCUCCUCCACAUCAUCCAAUGAACAAGAUUCCAAAAGACCUAGAUUUUCAUGA